AUGAAGGCUUGGUUUCUACUGGAGAUGACCCACCUUUGGAAGAUGUUCUUUCCAUUACCACUUCUUCUGUACUUGUCAGGGUCUGUGAAGUCCCAAGUAAAUCCGACUGUUUGUAGAUCCCCGCUAGGGAUGUCUGGAGGGCAGAUUUUAGAUGAAGACAUUUCGGCUUCUAGUCAGUGGUCUGAUUCAACAGCAGCAAAAUAUGGCAGGCUUGACUUUGAAGAGGGGGAUGGUGCAUGGUGUCCAGAGAUCCCUGGAGAACCAGAGAACAUGAAAGAGUUCCUGCAGAUAGACCUUCGCUCCUUACAUUUCAUCACCCUGGUGGGCACACAAGGCCGCCAUGCGGGGGGCAUUGGAAACGAGUUUGCCCAGACCUACAAGAUCAAAUACAGCCGGGACGGCAGCCGCUGGAUCUCCUGGCGUAACCGUCAAGGAAAGCAGGUGAUCGAGGGGAACAGGAAUGCGUAUGACAUUGUCCUGAAGGACCUGGAGCCACCCAUCAUUGCACGCUUUGUGCGCUUCAUGCCAGUUAUCGACCACUCCAUGAAUGUGUGUAUGCGCGUGGAGCUCUACGGGUGUGAAUGGCUAGAUGGGCUGGUGUCAUACAAUGCACCACUGGGCCAGCAGAUGACCUUCUAUGGCCAGCUUAUUUACCUGAAUGACUCUGUAUAUGAUGGUGCCAUGAUUCACAGUAUGACAGAAGGGUUGGGGCAGUUGACAGAUGGUAUGUGUGGUCUGGACGAUUUUAUUCUCAGUCAUGUCUACAACGUGUGGCCUGGCUAUGACUAUGUGGGCUGGACUAACGAAAGCUUCCCCAGUGGAUAUGUAGAGAUCAUGUUUGAGUUCGACCGAACCCGCAAUUUCACCACCAUGAAGGUGCACUGUAAUAACAUGUUCUCUCGAAGAGUUAAGACCUUCCAGAAGGUAGUUUGUUAUUUCCGUUCUGAGUCAGACUGGGAGCCUACCCCCAUUUCAUUCAGCCCUGUAAUGGAUGAUGUGAACCCAAGCGCCCGCUUCGUCACUGUAUCCCUCCACAACCAUAUGGCCAGCGCCAUCAAGUGCCAGUAUUACUUCUCCGACAUGUGGAUGAUGUUCAGCGAAAUCACCUUCCAGUCAGAUACAGCAAUGUAUAACACCACCCUUGCUCCCCCGAAGACUGGCCCUCCAACCAGCACACAACCAGGGGAUAAUCCCAUUCACAAAGUAGAUGACAGCAACACCCGAAUUCUGAUUGGCUGUUUGGUAGCCAUCAUCUUCAUCUUGGUGGCCAUUAUUGUCAUCAUUCUUUGGAGACAGGUCUGGCAGAAGAUGCUAGAGAAGGUUUCUCGGAGGAUGCUGGACGAUGAACUAACUGCUAGUCUGUCAAUACAGAGCGAGACCUUCACCUAUAACAACAACAACCCCUCCUCAGCGCCCAGUGAGCAGGAGUCCAACUCCACUUAUGAGCGUAUAUUUCCCCUGGGCCCGGACUACCAGGAGCCCUCCCGCCUCGUCCGCAAACUGCCCGAGUUCUCACAGACCUCAGAGGAUACUGCAUCGACCAGUACAGCCUCCAAGUCUCCUCAGACCAGUCCUCAAGAUGGUGCCCCUCAUUAUGCUGAGGCAGACAUUGUCAACUUGCAAGGUGUAACUGGAGGCAACACGUAUGCUGUGCCGGCCCUCACCAUGGAUCUGCUGUCAGGAAAGGACAUAGCCGUAGAGGAGUUUCCGCGGAAACUGCUGACGUUCAAAGAGAAGUUGGGGGAGGGGCAGUUUGGAGAGGUGCAUCUUUGUGAGGCAGAAGACAUGGAGGACUACAUGGAUGAAGAUUUCUCUUUUGAUGUCAGUGACAACCAGACAGUACUUGUAGCUGUGAAAAUGCUGCGAGCAGAUGCUAAUAAAAAUGCCAGGAAUGACUUUUUGAAAGAGAUAAAGAUCAUGUCGCGAUUAAAAGAUCCCAACAUCAUUCGGCUGCUGGCGGUGUGUAUGAGCUCAGACCCGCUCUGCAUGAUCACUGAGUAUAUGGAGAAUGGGGACCUCAACCAAUUCCUGUCUCGCCAUGAACCGGAGGGGAUGAUUGCCCUGCUCAGCAAUGCACCGACAGUCAGCUACAGUAACCUUCAGCACAUGGCCACCCAGAUCGCUUCAGGUAUGAAGUACCUCUCCUCACUCAACUUUGUCCACCGAGACCUCGCCACACGUAACUGCCUGGUAGGCAAGAACUACACCAUCAAGAUUGCAGACUUUGGCAUGAGCAGGAACCUGUAUAGUGGAGAUUAUUACCGCAUCCAGGGCAGAGCCGUGCUGCCCAUACGCUGGAUGUCCUGGGAAAGCAUCCUGCUGGGUAAAUUUACCACAGCCAGUGAUGUUUGGGCUUUCGGUGUGACUCUCUGGGAGACACUGACAUUCUGCAAGGAGCAGCCCUACUCGCAGCUCUCAGACGAGCAGGUCAUUGAAAACACAGGGGAGUUCUUCCGAGACCAGAGGCGACAGAUCUACUUGCCGCAGCCGCCCUUGUGUCCGGAUGCCAUCUACAAGCUCAUGUUGAGUUGCUGGCACAGGAAUGCUAAAGAGAGACCAUCUUUCCAAGAGAUCCAUCGAAUACUGCUGGAGUGCAAGCCUUAGUGUCUGUUCCUUUGCCAACCACAGCACUGCCAGAGACGCUUUAGUGUGCCCACAGGACUCCAGACAACUACACACCUGCACAUACACUAACAUACACCUCCUUCCGCACAGUCUCUUAUAAUGGUGUCCAGAAUUGUUCUACAUUCUGUUGUUCAGAACUGAAGAAAGUGAAGGCAAAGUGAAAUACGUGGUAUACAAGAACUUUGUCAUCAUUUUGAAUGAAGUGAAAUGCCUUUGGUUGGCACAAGGUAGAGGACUAAGAGGCUAAAGAAAAUGUAGCAGUGAGUUCAGGCACUUUUUUAAAAAAGACAAAUAGCUUUGUAUUGUUUAAAUAUUUUAUGCUUUUAACAUUUGUUAACUCCUAGAUAAUAGUUCAAAACAAUAGUGAAAACUUAGUGAACCGUGAUAUAUGCAAAUAUUAUGUCUUUUUCCAAUGCAUUAAAUUAGAAGACAGCUUGAAUGUAAAUAAGAGUUUUGAUUUUCUUUUUAAAUAAUCCAGAUUUUCAUGAAUCUUCACAAAUGUUUUAACACUUGCGUCUCUUAUUUUUAUCUUCAUCUCAGUCAGUUUUAUUUUUUUUAGGAAACUGAAUAACCACUUUCAAAUAAGUGGAUAAAGCCCAAGCAUGCAUGGACAUAAACUUGUCAUUAUUAUAAAAAAAAAAAAAAAAAAAAAAAGUUUAACAUAUUGACUAGACACUUUUAUAAAAGGGGAAUUCCACUGAUUUUUGAAAAUCUCUGCAUAACUCAAAUAUUAAGAUGUUAACAUCAUUUAGAGUGUUUUAAUAUAAAAUAGUGCAUUGAUUGCUUUACAGGUGGUGAGAGGAACCAGGGGCCUUGAUGUCUCCAAAACAAAUCUAGCUAUUUUAGUUAUUAUGAAAAUGGCCACUCCUGAGUUUUUAUAUGUAAUGUUGAUAAUGGUUAAAUAGUGAUGAAUCUGAAACAUAUAUGUAUUUGUUUGUGUACUAUUUUAUCUUACAAUGCCCUGCUUGUACCUCUCAACCACAAAUGCUUUAAUGGAUGUUUUUGGCCAAACGUUUUAUCUCAUUACUUCUAAAACAGGAAUUAGGCAAUGUGUUUGUAACAAUUUCGUGCAGUAAUAUUCUGUGAAACAGCUUUUAAGUGACUUUGGACAUAUGGUUCCUGUCCCAUCUGCUGUAAGCUACUAUGACUUGACAAUUGUUUCUACAACUUUUAGGUUUAAAAAAGUUGGAACACUAAGCAAAAUGUAAAUAAAAACUGAAUGCAUUGAUGUGUAAAUCAUUUAAACACUAUAUUUAAUUGAAAAUAGUACAAAGACAACAAAUGUUGAAACUGAGAAAUGUUGUUUAUGUAAAAUAUAUGCCCAGUUUGAUGCCAGAAAAGGCUAGUAAGGUUGUGUAAUGCCAAAAAAACACUUGCAUAACCAUAUAUAAAUCAGGACCUAGAAACGCCACUGCCUUCUCGGAGUCUGAGCUCAUUUAAGAUGGACUGAGGUGAAGUGGAAAAGUGUCCUGUGGUCUGACAAACUAAAAUUUGAAAUUAAUUUUGGAAGUCAUGGAUGCUGCUUCCUCCAGACUAUAGAGGAGAGAGACCAUUCGACUUGCUUUGAGCACACAAUUUAAAAGCCAGGUUUGGGGGUGCAUUAGUACACAUAGUAUGGGUGUCGUGCACAUCUAUGAAGGCAGCAUUGAUGCUGAAUGAUGGAGCAGCAUAUGCCACCAUCCAGACAUGUUUUUUCAAGGAAGGCCUUGAUUAUUUCAGCAAGACAAUGUAAAGUCUACCACAGCAUGGCUUUGUAGUAAGUGAGUCUGGGUACUAAACUGGCCUCCCUGCAGUCCAGACCUGUCAUUCAAUAAAACAUUUGCUGCAUUAUGAAACAAAAAACAUGAAAAAUACGAGACUUCGAACUGUUGUGCAGCUAGAAAUUCUAUAUUAAGCACGAAUUGGAAAAUAUUUCACUUUCAGGACUACAGCAGUCGGUCUCAGUUUCCAAGUGCUUACAGAGUGUUGUUGAAAGAGGGGGUGAUGCAACAUAAUGGUAAACAAGUCCCCCUCCCGACUUUUUUAAUGUGUCGCUGGCUAUUUGAAAAUGGGCAUAUGUUUUCUAAAAACAAAAUUUCUGAGUUCCAACAUUUGAUCUGUUGUCUUUGUAUUAUUUUCAAAUAAAUAUAGAGUUAAAAUGUGCAAAAGAUGUACACAUCAUUGUAUUCUGUUUUUAUUUACAUUUUGCUCAGCAUUUAUGAAAGCAGGGUUGUAGAAUGGAGCAUUUCCCAUUAACCCACUCUAAAUCACUUUGUUUACAUCUUAACCAUUUAAUUAUGCAGAAAUGUUGAAAAUUGGAGGAAUUCCACUUUAAUUCUUGAAACUAUGUGACUUUGCAAGAUCUAUAGUAGUUUAAUAAUUCAAAUAAUUGUGUUAAUAUUUGUAUGUAUGUUUUUUUUAUUUUAUGUAGUUGUACUUUUUCUUCCUACUUCACAUCUUGAGGGAGAACAUUUAGUGGUUUCAUGUGUGACAUUCCUGUUGUCCAUGGGUUCAGUUUCUUGGAUUAAAAAGUUGUCCUUGCACAAGUAUGCACGAACAGCUACAGGCUCGGUUUUGGGAAUGACCAGCCAAUGAAUUCUCUUCAUUCCUUCAUAGCAGUCACUCAAAUAGUAGGAGUGAUCAUGAGUAGAUCAAGUUGGAUGAAGAUCAGUAUAGUCUGUUGUCAGUUUUAAGUCAGCUUACUUUUUCACUGAGCUUUUUAAGUGUAUCAGUGUGCAUUGUAUCUUUUCUUACGUUUGUGUCUUCUGUUUGUGUUAUUUUUGUGUAUUGUAUUUGAGCAAAGUGAAAACUAUGCGCUAAGCAUAGCAAGUAAUACCAAAAUCCUGUUACUCAAAAACAUAGAAAAGGUCAAGAUAAGCUGUUUUGCCUUUUUAUUAACUUUGAGCUGUUACAUAUUUGGUAUAAGCAGUAAGUGUUUCUGAAUUGCUGAAAGGCCAUUUGGAUAAAUAGUGGAUUUAUAAUGCUGAGAUGGACUCACAGUAGGUUGUCAUAUGAGAUGCCAAAAGUGCUGCACGUGCAAACUUCAGUGUGCUAAUUGUAUACCUGCUUACAUAAGUAUGUUGUUUAGCAUCUAGACCAGACAUGUCAAACUGGGUUCCUUCCAGGCCACGGCUCUGUGGGGAUGUCCAGCACACUGAAUUCAAAUCACGAAGGCCUUACUAUUUAGCUGAUAAGUUGAAUCAGGUGUGUUUAAUGAGGCAGAUCGUUGAUGUCUGCAGUGCUGUGUCCCACCAAGCCUGGAGUUUGACAUAUGUGAUCUAGACAUAGGUGUGAUUAAUAGCCAUUGACAUAAUCAGUGGCGGUGGUAUUGUAGGCUGAAAUGUUUUGAUGGUCUAUGGUGUUGUUAGUGAGACUAACAAGAGGGAACUUUAACUGGUUGUCUGUUUGUCAUUUUAUGAUGAACGUCCUCAUGGCUGUUAUCAGUUCACUUUGACCCACAGAGUGUUACAGCUGGUCUCUCUUGAGGCUCAGAGUUUGUUUGUAAAGUAGUAGUUAUUUAAUUGAAUAAAGCAUGUCAUUGUAUGUCAA